CUUUUUUUUUCUGCUUUUUUAUUCCUCCUUAAAUCACCAAAAAAUCGUACGUGAAUUGAACAUGAAGAGUUUAUUUGUGUUACUUCAAGCCACUGUGUGUGCUUUUAUGCUAAAAGAUAAGAAUGUGUCUUUGUUAAAAGAAAAAAUCGUCAUUGAUCAUGGUUUAGAACUGUAUAAACACCUUCAAGCACAAGAGUCUGACUGUUAUAAAAGAGUAACGAUUGAUUUAUUUGAAGGAUGCCAGUCUUUGAGUGUCAACAGUACUCGUCACAUUGAAUAUGCUAUUCAACUGACUAUGUGUGAAUUAUCCAUGGCUCAAGUCAAAAUACCUGGAGAAUGUCAGUCGUUAAAUAGAGGAACAGCCAAACAAUGUGUCAAAAAACUAUCUCAUUCCCCACAAACAUGGACAUCUUAUAGUGUAAUGAUAUGUUUUGCUAUUCGAUACCCUCUUGAAAAAGACACACUCGAGAAAUUACAUGCAAACAUCACACUAAACCAAGCCAAGAACUUUGAUAUGUUGUCUAAACAACAAGAACGCUUGAUUCAAUGGCAACAAGAAGAAUUCAAGACAUUAGGACAACUGAAAGACACUCAACAAGACCUUUUAGACCAAUUGGACCAUGCACACCAAAUACACCUUAAAUCAGCAAACCAGAUCCAAUCUAUCUUUGAUGCGCUUGUCGUGUUACAACAUCAAACGGAGGCAGUCAUGGAGAGGUACAACCAAUUAACAGAACAUCAUGUGCAACAAAUGACGCAUCGGUUAGAUGAAUUGACAUUAAAGCAGGAGACAGAACUUUAUCGUCUUCUGUCUUCUGUCGUCAGUACACUUCAAACAGUAGAUCAUCAAUUGACAGAGAUGCUCUUGUCACAACAGCAUAUCAUGCAACAGUUCAACACGGCAGAACAACUACAAACACAUUACCUUCAACGCUGGCAACAGUCAAUGGAAGCAGUCAAUCUAAGCUUAUCUGACAUACUGAUCACUUCCUUGAAUCACGUAAGAAACUUGAAUGAAAAUCUGGGAGUAAUUCAAGACCAAGUGUCAGUCUUGUCUAUUCCUUUUUAUUGGCUCAAGCGUCUUUCAAGUACAGCAUGGCAGGAUAUACAAUGUAUUUCUCUAACAAUCACUUUACAUGGAGUGCUCUUUUCUCAUCUGUAUCGAAGAAUACGUGGUCAUGGAUUGAAAAGAAUAGCCUUUGCUUUGCUAUUGACUUUAGGACACAUUUACGCGCUUCAUGCAUGGAUAUUCGCUUAUCCUACUAUGGAUACUAACUAUGUUAAAUCAUUCAUUCUUUUAUUUGAGUGGAUCCUAACCAAACUACACUAUCCAAAGUCUUUGACUAGAAACAAAGCACCAGAAGAACAUAUUCAGGCUAAAUAUCAUUUCCAGAGCUAUUAUGCACCAGCCUAUCUACAGAGAGAACAAGAAGAAAGAGACCAAGAGGCUCCAGUGUAUGAACCCACAAUGAAGAAAUAUCAUUUUCACUGUUAUUAUUAAACCCAUCUUUCUUUUUCAAUCUCAGUGCUGCCAUAAUAAUAAUAAUAAUAAUAAUAAAAAGAGC